AUGUCUACUUUCCAGAAGCCCCCGCACACGGCGUUGAUCGACUACGACUCUGCUCGAUCUCUGCAUGAUGGCAUUCCGUACCAAGGCUAUGGCCAGGCACCUUAUGUGACGGCCACCACGCUGGUUCCUUCCCCCAUGCCCGAUCACGCAAGCCAGAUAUCGGACUGUGUGCCCUACAUGGCGAACGGAGAGUAUGCGAGUUCCUACGAAGAGGGUCGUUCACCAAUGAUGGCCGCCGAAAAUCGCCAAAUACCGGAAGUAGUCUCCUACUCCCCCCAGAGAGGCUCCGAAGGCACCAGGGUCUUCGUCCAGAUUCAAUUGCCAUAUGACCUCCACUCAUCGUCCUAUGCGACUCUUUACCUGGUCUUCGGCUCGAAAAAGUGCGAAUGUGUUCCUCACUUCCUCGGCUUCCAGGGUGCUUCGUUUCAAUAUGCACUUUCCGUCGACACACCUCCUUUCAGCUCCACGGGCUCUCCGUCGUUCGCAGUUCCCUUGCAAGUGUCCAUGGACCAUAAUGACUGCCAUGCAGUCACGCUACAAGUGGGAGUUUAUACCUAUGAACAUGCUUCGAUGCAGUCGCCUUCCGACGAGUCUCGCAAGCGGAGGGUGCCUUCAUACGCGGACGAACCCCUCUCCAGGGCACCCAAGCGAGUCACCGGCCCACCAAUGCAUGCAAAGGAAUCGCCCAGCGUAUCCUCCGCGACCUAUUCACCGUAUCUGCAGUCUCUGCCGGCAAUGAAUAGCUUCGUCAGCCCACACCACACGGCGGCAUCGCCGCGAGUUCCUUCGACCCAGUAUCCUGGCCUAUCUAACACGUCUCAAGCGUCUAUCCGGGCGCCAUCACCUAUCACUCCAUCAUACAGCCCGUCGUUCCUCGCGGUCAGCAACGAUGCACGAAGCACUACUUACACUAUCGGCCAUCCUCUGCGUCAGCAAAGCCAAGCAUCACCAGGCAGGUUCGGAAAUCCCACCCUCAUUCGGACGUCGACGUUGCAACAGUCGGGCGCAUAUGGCCAAACGCAGUCGUUCAAUCCCUAUGCCAUGUGCCCGACGAAGGCAGUGUUGAAGUUGAAUGGUGAUCUCGAUUCAAUGACGGAAAGCUGGUCCAGAGAAGAGCGGGAGGCAAAGCGUCGGUUGGUUCAAUUUACACGGAUGCAGAGUGGCAGCACAAUCCACGCAGACUUCAAGCCUGUGGCGCCUGAAGACCGUGCUCCUAAUAGUAUCUGCAUCAGUUGCAUCUACUGGGAUGGGAAGGACGAAUGCUUUGUUACCAGCGUUGACACCAUCUACUUGCUCGAGUCCUUGGUGGGAGUCCGGUUCACGGUGGAAGAGAAGAACCGCAUCCGCAGAAACUUGGAAGGCUUCCGACCACUUACAGUGUCCAAGGCCAAGGCUGAUAGUGAGGACUUUUUCAAAGUCAUCAUGGGGUUUCCCGCACCAAAGCCCAGGAAUAUCGAGAAGGACGUGAAGGUCUUCCCCUGGAAGAUCCUCAGCCAUGCCCUCAAGAAGAUAAUCGGUAAAUACUCUGCUAGUUACUCUUCGAUUUCUGGAACCCUGGCCACCCCGAUUGGAUCGAACUACACCAGCAACGGCGCUGCCUCUGACUCUGGCACUGAGCCUCAGAAUGCAGCGUCGCCUCAGUCCGUGUCAGAUACUGCUGCCCCAGCCAACUACGGAGCCAGCCUAGCUGCUUCGACAUAUACACCCCCUUCUAUGACGGGCGGCUCGGAACUGCGAGGCGGACUGGCUAGUGUCAAUCAGCCCUAUUCUUCCGCCUUGGCUACGCCCUACUCGUACCCUUCUGUCUGUCAGCAGCCGAGCCAACUUGGACUCACAGCCACUGUGAACAGCAGAACUUGGGAGCUGAAUCCUCUUCUCAACUCUGCCGCAGCCACUGGAAACCCCAGCAGCAGCGCGUGCUACAACUACCUUGCUCCCAUGCCGUAUUCCGUGCAUGGCCAGGCCCACGGGUCUUGA